AGAGAUGUCAUAAAGUUAUUUAUAUUAGUUAAUAAACAUUACUUUUUAACAGAAUUUCCAGAAUGCUUUGAGCACUAUUUAAUGUGGAGUAUCUAUGCUGUUCUGGUGGUAUUCUGCACUACAUUUAUAUAUUUAUAUAUAAAAAAAACGCCCGCCCAGUCAAACGCACUUGUUUCUCUGGAUUGGUGGCUGGCGUUGGACGUCUGGGGGCCAGCGGCUUUAAAACAUCAUGUGAGCGCCUCCUCCUGUCAAAACUCUCACAGUGAGUCGGAAUAAACACAAGAACGGAGAUUUCUGCAUCCAUCUUCAUCAACAUGACAUGCUUUAUUUGCAUUUCUGUCUUUUGUUUGUCUGCAUUUUUAAUGGAGACGCAGGGUACGUAUGGCCCUUACGUACGGAACCAUAACCAGCUGUACGCGGACCGCCAGAGAUCUCACUUCACCCCCGGUAUGCCUGGACACGGCAACUCCAUCAACUUUGGAGCUCAUGGCUUUAAUCACAGGGUUUACAGCUAUCAUCAUCGCAACCCUCAUCAACAUCAUCAUCUCCAGCGGCCGCCCUGGAAGGGGCCUCCCUUUAUCCGCCACCGUCCUGCCUUACCUGUCCGGCCCAUCUCACCUGUCCAUCCUGUUUGGUCAGUUGUGCCCACACCACCCAGAAUUCCAGUGGUGUUACCUGCCCCUACAGUGCCCCUGCCACUCACCAAGGUAGCCACCCUAUCCCCGCCACCUCCAACACAGACUGCAACCACUACAGCCACUACAGCCCCUACAACCAAAGCAACCACAACAACCAAAGCAACCACAACAACCACAACAACCAAAGCAACCACAACAACCAAAGCAACCACAACAACCACAACAACAAAAGCAACCACAACAACCAAAGCAACCAAAGCAACCACAACAACCACUCCAGAGCCGGUCAGUACCCCUCAUGGCACACCUGCCCCUGCCGAACCUUCCACUGACCCAGCUCCUGCAGAGCUCUGCAAGAGCCGUCCUCUAGACCUGGUUUUUAUCAUUGACAGUUCUCGCAGCGUCCGUCCUGCAGAGUUUGAGAAGGUCAAAAUCUUCCUCUCUGAAAUGGUCGACUCUCUUGAUAUCGGGUCUGAUGCCACACGAGUCGCCCUGGUCAACUACGCCAGCACUGUCAACAUUGAGUUCCCGCUAAAAAAGUACUUUAGUAAGGCAGAGGUCAAGCAGGCCUUCUCCCGUAUCGAUCCACUCUCAACUGGAACCAUGACUGGACUGGCCAUUAAAACUGCCAUGGAGCAGGUUUUUACCGAGAACGCUGGGGCCCGGCCACUGAAGAAGAACAUCAGUAAGGUGGCCAUCAUUGUGACAGAUGGAAGGCCGCAAGAUAAAGUUGAAGAGGUGGCAGCAGCAGCAAGGGCUGCUGGGAUUGAAAUAUAUGCUGUCGGAGUGGACAGAGCAGAUAUGCGUUCUCUGAAACUAAUGGCCAGUCAGCCUCUUGAUGACCAUGUGUUCUAUGUGGAAACAUACGGAGUGAUUGAGAAACUAACAUCCAAGUUCAGGGAGACACUCUGUGGUUUCGAUGCUUGUGCGCUUGGACACAACUGCGAACAUAUUUGUGUCAACAACAAUGCCUCUUAUUUCUGCAAGUGCAGAGAGGGAUAUGUUAUCAACUCUGACAAGAAAACGUGCUCUAAGCAGGCAAAUGAAGAGGCAAGAGGAGAUCUGACUGAGAAUGCCUGCAUGUGUGAAGCUCAGAUCGCAUUUCAGAGGAAGGUUCAUAACAGCAUACAGACGCUCACCAGCAGACUGAAUGACAUCUCAAACAGAGUGCAGCAGUUUGAUCUCCGUCGUGCCUAGAGUGGAAGAUGGGACUCUACACAACUUGUUUUGGAGAAAAUAAAAAUUUAAUCUCAUUAGCUGCCUACAAUGUAUCCCAUGCAUUCAUCAUUUUGUUUAUUUAAUCUUACUUAAAAUGUGCUUCUGAGUAUGAUCAUCAUAUAUCAUAUAUCAAAUUAUCUGACACAAAGUGUUACAUUUUAAGUACAUUUCCUUUUAUUUUGGGGAAAAAAAUCGAAAGUGUAAUAGUAAUAUGUAAAGUAUACGCACAUCAUUUUAUGUUGUUGUCUAUUUUGAAUAUCUGUACACAUAUAUGAACAAAUAUAUGAAGAAAUUAUAACAAAUAAAAUAUUCUUUAAUGUA